AAUGCAAUGUCAUCGUCCGCCACCGUCACCGUCGCAGAAUCGCAGAGGCAGCAAAUACCAAGAACACCACCACCAAAAACAAUAACAACAAUAACAACACCACCAUCAACAAGAACGAGACUAGUCGGCUCCAACGACUGUCACGACUUUUCCUCGCCCAUGACGAACUCGCUGAUCACCGCUUCAUUACCACAAACGACAACAUGUCCUCACUGCGGAGAACAUCCUUCGCCGCAAGAAGCGGCCGUUGCGCAGCAGCGGAUUCAGGAGCUGGAAGCUCAGGUUAAGCGCCUAACUGCGCGUGCUUCUGAGAUGGCACUAGAUCUAAACAACGACGACAACGAGUCGCAAACCCGCACGUCGACAUCGUCGGCCGCCGACCAACCGCCAAGAACACCCUCACAGCAGCAGCAACACCAACACCAACAACAGCAGCAGCAGUCGCAAAGCCGCUUCGCUAACUUUGCUUCGUAUUUCCCAUCAUAUCGUCGCGGCGGAUCCAAGGGCUCUAAUAGCUCCAACACGCCGCCUCACACAUCGCAUUCCGCAUACCACCCGACCAGCUCACCACCACAACCAUCAUCACAACCACUCUCAUACGCCCAUCACCAGCAUGGGCUAGUCUCGUCGCCCAUAGCCGAGACAGGGCCCGGCGACGCCGAACUCCAAACCGCACUAAACCGCGAACAAACACUCCGCAAAGAAGCCGAAUCGCAACUCUCGCAAGCAAACUCGGAACUCGAAGAACUCACCGCACAGCUAUUCAGCCAGGCCAACGAGAUGGUAGCGCAGGAGCGCAAGGCGCGCGCGAAACUAGAAGAGCGUGUCGCGUUGCUAGAGAAGAGAGAUGGCGAUAAGCGGAAAAGGCUGGAUCGGUUGGAGAAGGCGAUUGAGAGGGUGGAAAGGGUGAGGGCGUUGGUUGAGUUGAAGCAGUGA